CAAAACCAGCUGAGUCAGCCACGCACACUACAAAGCAACUCCAACGCUCUCUCUCCUUCUUCCUCUUAGCAACCAUCCCCCUCAUCGUCAAAGAAGUUCAAAACUCUGCGAAGAUGAGAGCUAAGUGGAGAAAGAAGCGCGUUCGACGGCUGAAGCGUAAGCGCAGAAAGGUCCGGGCUAGAAGCAAGUAAACAACUCGACCACUCCGUCUCAGCUUUUUCUCCGUCCAUGCAUUAAGUCAUGCUCCCCUCCGAGCUGAAAUGAAACCGCACACCGAUUGAAUUCCCUCCCCCCAAACAAAAGCAAAAAGAACAUGAAACUCGAACGAAUACGAUCAUCUUAAACGAACACACCACGAUUGCCCUAUCUCUUUUCCUUUCGCCUAGUCAUAAAAGCAGUAGCUCAGAUGCCUUUUCCAUUUUUCAGCAUCCCAACCCGUUCUGAGCUCCGCCUUUUUUUAUUUAUCUUACUUCUUAACGAAGAGUUACGACAAGGAAAGAAAUUUGACGACAUGAAUUUCUUGUUUUUUGAUUGGCUUUUUUUCAUUUAAAACGUUCGGUUGCGGGAAAUGGGGGUUGGGGAAGGAGGAAGAGGCGCUAAAUGGAAAACUCACAUAUGUCUUUUGUCGCCUUUGAUUCCUUCAAAUCGAAGGGUCUGAUUUUUGUGUGGAUGGGAGGGAGCUGGUCAAUUCCCCCCCCCUUUCCUGAUAUGUUUUAAUUUCCACUUUUCUUCUCUUCGCUUGCGAUUUGUUCUCGUCUUAAACAGGGGGAGUGCAGAUCAAGGUGAAGGAAGAAAGGGGAAACAUCAACAUUGUAGGAAUUACGGAGCUGUUGGGGUUUACUUAAAAUAAUACAAGGCUAAUUUUUUUUUUCUUCUCGUCUAUUGAUCAUCUUUGUUUCUGAAUUUCUUAAUGGCAGUUUCUUUGCCUUGCUUGUUCGUGCCUCAUUUUCUAACUCUGGGACGAGUGCGCGGGGUGUGGCCCUUCAUAAGUGUGGCCUUAGCUCUCAUCCUGUGACUAUAAAUCCAUUUGUCGAAAAAUUCAAGUAAUAUUAUUUUUUCCAAUCGUAGGAUUACGGGUAAAUAGUCCAUUCCAUCAAUGGAUUUAUUUGUUGGUUGAUUGCCGUGGUGUUGAUCAGCGUUUAGUGCAAAAUCUUCGCCGGGAAAUAUUUUAGCGGUGGAGAUUUUAUAUAUUUUAUAUAAUUUUUCUCUCUCCGCCGCCCCAACACCCGGACAGCAGCACCAGAACGCCGCAAACUAACCGCCACCAAGCCGCCUCCAAAAAGAGCCAAUUUCUUUAUUAAAGACGUUUUUUAAUCCUACCUUCGAGCAUUUGAAGAAAUUGUAAAGCCCACACACAUAGCAAAACCGACCAUGGGCAUCCACCACAAAGCGGAGAAGAAGCGAAAACGAGCUUCUGAAAAGCCCGACCGACCCAGCAAGAAACCUGCUCUUGCGGCGCCUGUUGUCCCCGCGGUCAAGGUUCAGUUUGUGCAGAAUACGAAUGGGGCGGUGCCUGUUAUAGCCUCUACACCGGGUAUCAGCAGCAUCCCCAGCUCCAUCCCCCUAACCGCAUAUUCAAGGCCGCGCCAAAACCGACAAAAGCACAAGACAACUACAAACACAACCCUGUCAACUUCCGAAAUCCUCUUGCAAUCAUCCGCACACCCAAGGAUAGACUUCCUUGGCAAAGAGGGCGAGAAUGAGCUGGAUACUCUCUGGAACCACUAUGUGGCAGUCUAUGACCCGGACGCGGGCAAGCUGGAGCUCGUGGAGGCUAGAAAGAUGACGGUGCGCGGGUGUGUGAGGCGCGUGGCUAGGAAGGCUAUUAAUGAUGGGGAGAGUGAUGGGGAUGUUGUUACGAAAUCAAACUGGGCCCAACGCACCGCCCUCACCGAAGCCUUCGGCACCAAACAGUCCCGCAAAGCCAUCCAAUCCAUCGCAGAGAACGCCCUCCUCUCCAACGCCCCCGCCGGCUCCGGCCCCACCCCCGCAGAAUCCGCCCUCCUCUCCUCAAUCCCCAAGGAACAUACUUCUACCUCCGUCUCCGGCUCCCCACAAAAGUCCGCCCAGUCCGAAAUCCAAGCCGCAAAACCCCUCCCGCAACCAAACCUCUCCGCCACGCACCCGUCGCAGGUCUACGCGAUCGACACCUUGGUGCCCAACGGCCUCUCGACCCUGCGCACCAUGCCCGUCCACGAGUGGCAGGCCGCCAUUGGCGCGGGGGAGCCUGUGCUUUCCUCCUCGCGCUUCGUGGCGCAUCGGGUCAACCACGUCGUGCGGUCGGGCGAUGUGACGCAGCUGCAAUUGCUGCGCUACAUCAUGAUCCUGAUCGAGCUGUCGCGGUCGCUGAAGCCGAGUCGCGGGGCCGGGUCGGCAGCGGUAGCGGCGGGGAGCAAGAAACUGCCGCCCCGCGAGGAUCUGCGGCGCAUACUUUCUUCCUCCUCCUCUUCCUCCUCCUCCGCCGCCGCCACCGCCGCCGCCGUGACAAACAAACAAACCCACCUCCCAGACUCCUUCCUCGACGCGCUCCGCCGCAAAUUCGUCCCCCAACGCACCUUCCUCUCCAAAACAGACAUCACCUUCCUCCACACAACCAUCUGCGCGCUCUCCUUGCACAUCCCGCCCGAAGCAGGGUUUGCGCCCAACGAACUGGCCACGGACCCGGCGGAUCUGCGCGAUGACCUGAGCCUCGAGUACCAGACCAUCCAGCAGUAUUUUAGGGAGCUGGGGUGCAAGGUGGAGAAGCCGAGGGAGAGCGAGUUUGCGAAGUGGGGGGUUAGGAGUAAGGUUGAGGCGGGGGCGAGGCGGAUUGCGAGGUUGAGGGUUCCGGUGGAGUUUCCGAAGGUUAGUAGGGGGGGGAGGAGGUGAGGUUUUGGUGGGAAGGGCUUUUUUCUUUAUUUUUUUGUUUUUUUUAGGGGGGGAGAAAGGGGAGGGAGGGGACUUUGUUCUGUAUUCAUUCAGAACUUCUUGUGGUUUGAAUGGAUAGUUAGUCGGGCUGCGUAUUCUGUGAUGCCUGUUUUUCUUUUAUCUUUUCUUUUCUUUUCUUUUCUUUUUAAUUUUCCUCUCCUUGCAUUUGGAGGGGGAUACGUAUAAUCUCCUUACCAUCUCUUAACUCGUUCU